UGAACUUUAUUUGUCUUUUAUGAACCAGUGAGGACUUAUUCCUAUAUUCUUCUGUCGAUAAAUUUAGAAACACGUCUCCUCUUCAUCUUCUUCCAGUUCUGAUGGUUUAGGGGGAUCGUUUCGUUUGUUCUGUUCUUGAUCUCCCGGCCUGCGUCCUUGUUAUACAGUUAGUUCCUUUGUAAUUUAAUUUUUUCUAGUUUCUUUCAUUCAUACUGUCGCUAAUCAAUUGAUUUUUGAAAGAAAGGUUUUGGAAAAUUGAUUUGAUUUUUGUUUUUAAAAUGUUAAGAUUCUUUUCUUUUAAAACAAAUUUCUUCAAAUUUGGGUAGACUUUUUUACGGUUUUCUGCUCUUUUUUGUCGUCCGUCCCUUCUGGAUCAAUAUCUUAUAUCUGUUAUGGUUUUGGUCAGUCAAUUGCUAACCUUAUUAUUCCUUCUAAUUUGGGUAGACUUUGUCGAAGUUGCGCUGAAGAAAUGUUCUUGCUUUGUAUGCUUCAAUUAAGGCCAUAGAGACCAAGUCUCGUAUUGAUGAUCAGCAAUGGCUAACUUAUUGGGUUCUAUAUUCAAUGAUCACUCUUUGAGCUCACUUUUGACAAACUCAUAGAAUGGGAGCAAGCAUGUGAUGUUAGUAGUGACAAAGUCAGAGAUAAAUAAAGUAAAAAGAUAUACAAGAUAUGGAGACUGCUCUUAAAGAAUUAAUGGUGGAUCAAGCUUCUUGUCGGCUUAAAGAAAUAGAAGGUCUUCACGAAGAGAGAGUACAUAUAUUGCAGCAGUUAUCUAAUUUGCAGGUCACUUCAAUGUAUAACAAGUCUUUGUGUAUAUACUGCUUUUAUUACUAUAAAAUAUCGUUUUCACUAAUGCUAACUCUUCUUGCAAAUGGACAGAGUAAAUUGAAUAAUGUAGCGUAUAUGGACCUAAUGCAAAACAUUAAAGACUGCCAUAUCUACGCAGGCAACACAUUUGGCGGAAGGAAGAUGCAGAGCAAGGACAAUUUAACAAUGCUUAUGUCAAACCACAGUUCAGAAAUUGCUCCUUCGGGGACCACCAUCCAACCAAUCUUCACUGGUUCAGUUCACAUGGUUCAUGUUAAGCGGCUUCAAAGCCUCAGUGGCAACAAGGUGGAGUCUGGACUAAGUGAAAUGAUUUUCCUCUCAAAGAAGCAGCAUUAGUCUUAUAAUUUUUUUUAAGAAAAUCUUAUAAAAUAAACAUGUUCAAUAUAAUAUCAUAAAUGGUGCAACCAAACAUAACUAAGAAGCAAGUCUCAGAUACCAUAUUCUAUUAAAGAAAUUGUGUAAAAGAGCAAAUAUUGUAAAAGCUUUGGCCCAUUCGGUAAAAUUUUUGUUUUUGAAUUUUUUAAACAUAAAAAUAGAAAUAUAAUUUUAUUUUUGUUUCUUUAUUUUUAAAAAAUAAAAAUAUGUUUGGUAACUAUUUUUGUUUUUUGUUUUUAAAAACAAAAAAUAAUAAAUGUGUUUGAUAACUUUUAUUUUUAUUUUUUGUUUAACAAUAUAAGGUGUUGAUUUGAAGAAUAGAAUAAAAAAAAGAAAGGAAAAAUUGAAAACUGUUUAAAAAAAUUUUGAAAGUGAAAAAAUUCUAUUUUUAAAAUUAAAAAAAAUAAAAAUAGAGUUACCAAACACAUUUUCAGUUUAAUUUUCAAAUUUUUAAUUAAUUAAAUAAAAAACUAUUUUUUUAAGUGCUACCAAACAACACCUUUAUAAACUGGAAUAAGUGGAUUCACAUCUAAACAUUUCCAAAAAUAUACCUUUAUAAACUGGAAUCAGUGGAUUCGCAUCUAAACAUUUCCAAAAAUAGCUUUAACUCGGGAGUGCUCUC